AUGAAUUUAGCAAUUGCAGAUCUCAUAUUUAUACUUGUUUAUAUACCAGGAUCUACUGCAAAUUUAUUUGAUAAAAAUAUAUUACCUGAAUCUUUUUGUUUAUAUCAAAUAUUUUUAACAUAUAUGAGUAUAUUUGCUUCAGCAUAUACGUUAGUUUUACUAGCAUUUGAUCGUCUUGUUGCUGUAGUUUAUCCUCUUAGAGCUGUAUAUGUUAGAACAUUUAAAAACACAAUAAUUUCUUGUUGUAUUGUAUGGAUUCUAAGUUUUUUAAUAUAUUUUUUCACAUUUUUUAUAUCAACAAGUGAUGAAAAUAAUAAUAUUAAUUUCAAGAAUAAAUCAAAUACACUUUGUUUUGAUAUUAAUAAAAUGUCUAAUCUUUUAAAGACAAAAUUUAGUAUUAAAAAGUUAUAUUUUACCUUCAAUAUAGUUUCAUAUGUUAUACCAUUAUUAGCAAUUAUCAUAAUGUAUACCAUUAUUUUGAAUUUCCUUCAUAAAAUAAAAUCUAAAGAAUUAAAGACAGCUGUUAAUAAACAAUGGAGAAGAAGAAUUACAAAAACAAUAUGGUUGGUAAUAGCAACAUUUGCUAUCUGUUGGUUUCCACAAAAUUCAAGAAUUUUUUAUAUAGCUAUAACAUAUACAAAUGAUACAUCUGAUAAUGAAAAUUUAUUAAAAACACAUAAUAUGAUAUUAAUUGCUAUCUUUCAAAUUAUGGCAUAUUCAAAUUAUUGUAUUAAUCCAAUUUUAUAUUGUUUAAUGUUAAAAAGAUACCGAUGGUAUGUCAAUAAUUUUUGGAUAUUUAUUAGAAGUUUUUUUAUCCCCAAACAAACUAUUAUAACAAUAGAGAGAGAAAAAAGAUUUACAAAAUACAAGUCAUCUUUUGAUGAUUCUUAUCACAAUUCAAUAAGAAGUACAAAAAGCAACAAUCCUACAAAUGUCUAA